AUGGAGAACGGGGUGCCGUUUUACGAUCAACCCGGGGCAUUGUCCGAAACGAACAAGUGGCCCUGCAUGGAGCAGUGCACCUUCAAGAACUUGAGCAGCUGGCGAAUGUCCCUCAAGUUUUCGCAAGUGAUCCUAUCCUUCCUAGCCUUUGUUGCUGAAGAAGCUGUGAAGAGGUGCAACUCCUGUGCUGGACUUUACAUCUUUGAGUUUGCCAGCUGCAGUGCCUUUAUUUUAAGCAUCUCAAUCCUGGUUUUAUACUGUACUGCUCUUUAUCAAAAGGCUGGAGAAGACAAAGUAACUUGUCUGGAUUUCUUUGUUUCUGCAACAGUAGGAUUGCUGUUCCUCCUGGCUUCAAUUAUAUUUACUGUAACUGCUGAGAAGGCACUGAUUGAAAAUACUGCAACUACAUUUGGUUACUGCGCAAGUACAUUAUUUCUUGUGGAUGCUGCCCAAAUAAUCAUGAAGCGUAUCGUUGAAGAGAAACUGCUGGAGACCAUUCCAACAGUUCGACGCAAUCGACGUGUUCGGCGUGAGAUUCGAAUGUUAAAUAAUCAGCGGGUCUAA